AUGCGCCGCUUCAAUUUGAUUCUGCUGGCUUCCCUCCAGCUUGUUGGAGCUCGUUCACCGGGGUUCAACAUUCACGAGGACUUGUUGACGUACCCUCAGUUUGAAGUCGUAUUCGAUGAUCAAUACAUAUCCGAGAAAGACGCCCAUUCAUUACUCGAUAGUCAACAUCCUACAUAUUCUGCCGACUUUGCGCAAUCCACAUUAGGUCAAGCUCGGGAAGCUGACGACCACGAGAACAAAGACCAGGAUGGCCCGUCGUACACGUACGAACUCAUGAAGGUACCACCUAACGAGUACCUUUGUUCUAUACCUAUUUUACAAUCGCCCGAAGCAGAGAAUAAGACGGCCAACGAGCUUGCCAAGGCCGAAGAAGCUCGUGAGCUUAGUCGUGCGACAGCCAGUGGAUGGGAGCUUCUUUCAGAACUGGAGGAUUCAUGCCUCUACUUUAUGUCUGGAUGGUGGAGUUACAGUUUCUGUAAUAACCGCGAGAUCGUCCAGUUCCACGCCCUUCCCUCGAUACCAAACGGUCAACCUCCUAAGCGGGACCCUCAUACGAUGGAUUACACGCUCGGAAAAGUCCCCGCCAUUCCAGCCAAUGCAGCGCACAAGGCGAAAAUGAACGGCCAAGAAGCGCCUCCUCCAGCGGAACUGCAGGUCAAGGGUGACCAACGGUAUCUCGUCCAGAGGCUCGAAGGAGGAACUAUUUGCGACUUGACAGGAAGAGAACGCACGAUUGAGGUUCAGUACCAUUGUGUACCGGGCAUGAAGGCAGACAGGAUUGGCUGGAUUAAGGAAGUCACUAUCUGUGCUUACUUGAUGGUCGUCAAUACUCCGCGCCUCUGCAACGAUGUUGCUUUCUUACCACCCGAAGAAACCCGGGCAAACCCCAUCCGAUGCAAGCUUAUCUUGGGCGAACUUAACGAGCCUCCCUCACUGGACCAAACGGUACCUUUGGCGCAGGGCGAAGCUCAGGUGCCGCUGAAGCAGGAAGAUACAGGUGUCAAGUCCGGAGACGCAACGCCUGAAAACCCCGCGAAGGAGCCGGUCAAUAUCGGCGGUGUCGUUGUAGGCGCUAGAAAUGUACUCUCCGGCGCAGACGAGGCAGGCAAACCACCAGCCAAGCUUCCACCCCCACGCAGCUACUUCUCCAACUCCAACACGGACACCGAGAGAUUCCUCAAAGUGGUAGCAUCAGGCAAGAGCAAAGAAGACGGCGGCGAAAUGAAUCUUCUCUCAGACGAAGAGUUAGAGAAACUGGACCUCAAGCCCUCCGUGGUCAAAGAGAUGACAGAACGUAUGACGAAGCUGGCAGGAAAAUACGGAUGGAAGCUUGAGCUUGUGGAGCUUCCUGGAGGAGAGAAAGAGCUUCGAGGUUAUAUUGAUGCUGAUGAGGAUGAGCUUGCUAAGAAUAAGGCUCAGUUGAAGAAGGAAAAGGAGGCUGCUGCUAAAGCGAAGGGAGAUGAUGGGGAAGAGGUGGUUGAGGGUAGUGAGGAGCAGUUUUUCGAUAAGAAGGAUGAGCUGUAG